CACAGGAGGAGAAGGAAGGGGAGCAUAUGGACCAUGAUCAUGCUGAGAUUCUGACGGUCGAGUGCGAGCAGCAGAAGCCGGUAGAAAGAACUCCCAAGGCGACCUCUUCCGAGCUUCCCUGGGUAGAGAAAUACCGGCCUGUUCACCUGCGCCAGAUCGUGGGGAACGAAGAGACCGUGAGUCGUCUGGAAGGGUUCGCCAGCGAGGGAAACGUCCCCAACAUCAUCGUAGCAGGUCCUCGAGGAACAGGGAGAACCACCAGCAUCUUGUGUUUGUCCCGGGCACUGCUGGGAGCAUCGAUGAAGGAGGCCUUGCUGCAGCUCAGCGCCUCCAACGAAAGGGGAAUUGAUGGUGUUAGGAGAAAAAUCAAGGUGUUUGCUCAGCAGAGAGUCGCGCUGCCGAAAGGAAGACAAAAGAUUGUGAUCCUGCAUGAAGCAGACAGAUUGACGUACAGCGCCCAGCAAACGCUGCAGUGGAUAAUGGCGAUGUGCUCCAAUACGAUUUGCUUCGCUUUGGUGUGCGACAUCUCAGAUAAGAUAAUCCAGCAGAUCCAUUCGCGCUGUGUCGUGCUGCACUACGCCAAGCUGACGGACGGGCAGAUCCUGGCAAAACUUCAGGACGUCGUCCAGAAGGAGGAGUUGUCGGUGUCUGACGACGGUCUGGACGCCGUCAUAUUCACCGCACGGGGAGACAUGAGACAGGCGCUGAACAACCUGCAGGCGACCCAUUACAGGUUUGGCUUAAUCAACAGUGAGAACGUUAUCAAAGUGUGCGAUGCAAGCUGGGACGCUGCGUGGCGGGCGGCGUCGACCGGGCGUAACGCGAGGUGGAAGGGGCGCACGGAUACUCGCCAGAUGACAUCAUGGGGAACAAUGCCAGGGUCUGUAAGACCCUCCCCAUGGCCUCAAGCUGUAUUUCAUCGAGGAGAUCUGUCAAACUCGCAUGAGGAUAUCUGAAGGCUUGAACUCUCUGCUGCAGAUGGCCGGGCUGCUGGGGACACUCUGCAAUAAGACGGCGCCCCCUGCUGCCAGCUGAAGGAAGUGGACAGAAACUAAAUAAAACUACCAAAAGCCGUCUUGGUUCAUAUUUCCUGUUCCAACAAUCUCCACUCUGGUUUGGUUUAAAUGAAACUUUAAUUCACUUUUUGUGUGUGUGUGUGUGUAUUUAGAGCUAAUGGAGAUAUCAGCACACAUUUUGAAUGAAGACACGAUACAUAUGCUUUUAUUUAUUUUAUUUUAUUCACUUUCCCAACAAUCUCUGAAACUGGUACAGUAUUAAACAAGAAACAAGCUAUAAUGUAACCCAAAAUCACCAUCACCAAACUCCACCAGACUCCA